GCGCCCGUCGCCCCGAGCCCGUGGGCCAGCCCCGGCGAGGCGCAGGUUAUCCCGGACACGCAGCAGGAGAUCCGCAGGGCGGUUGCGGCCUGCGGCCGCGGGCGGCCCCCGGUCGCGGCCGGCGAGUGCCUGACGGUCUGGUGCGUCGUGCAGCAGGCGGAGCACGGGGCGCCCGCGCUUCUGGAGGCCGCCG